AACCAGCGUGUUUGCAGAUCGCAGACCCGGUGUGGCUGAGGCCGGGGGCAGCUCCUGACAGUCCGCUCCCCAGCGCGUCGGGGGCCCAGAAAGCCACCAUGGCCAAACUGCUACAAGCCCCUCCCAAAUUCCUGCUGCCCGAGUGGCACAUUGCUAACAAGAGCCAGUACAGCAGUGCUGAAUCUCAGCGCGCCAGGUCGGAGCGCCUUGUGGCUGAGAGCCAGAGGCUGGUGGAUGAGAUUGAAAAGACCACCCAGAGAACACAGAGUGACGUCAACAAGAAGAUCGAGCAGAGACUUGAUGAAAUAAAAUUCUGGAAGAAGGAAUUGGAUGACAAACUCGAUCAGCUCAUAAAGGAGACUGAAGUGCUGUUCACAUUUAGGACGAGAUUGGAGAAGGCCCUGGAGAGCUGCCAAGAGCCCUUGUACAUUGCCCAGAAAUGUCUGAUGUAUAGGGAGCAACGUGUUGGGAUUGACCUAGUAUACGAUGAGGUGGAUCGUGAGCUGGCCAAGGAGGUGGAGGUCUUGCAAGGGGUCAUAUCCCUGCUCCAGCGCACCCUGGAAGAGACCUCAGAGCAGCUCAGGUUGAACCGAGCUGCUAAAUACCACCUUGAGAAGGAUCUGAAGGACAAGUUUGUUGCUCUGACCAUCGAUGACUUCUGUUCCUCACUCACCAACAACAACCCUGAUAUCUGCUAUGCCCGUAAUGUUGUCAGAAUUGAGCCCAACUCUGUGAGUGUUGAUGACUGGGUGGAUUUCUCCAAUGUCAAUGUGGAGAAGGCAGAUAAACAGAGGAACAACACGCUGGCUCUUGAGGCCUUGAUCGACAGAAUUCUGUCCCAGACAGCCAAUGACCUGCGCAAACAGUUUGAGACUGUGAACCUUGCUUUACAAAACCGGAUCAAAGAAACAAAAGAUGCCAAGGAUAAGUUGGCUAUGCACCUUGCCAAGGCCCCAUGGUCAGGGACUCUGCUCAGAGGGGAGGCAGGUGCUGGGUACCAAAUGAGCGGUGUAGACAGAGGCCUGAGGCAGCAGGAGGCUUUGGAGAGGGAGCAGGUGGGCCUAGAGGUAAGACUUAGAUGAGGGGGGAAGACUGAGGAGGGCUUUGCUUGCACAAAACAUGGAGAUGGGACUCCAGGUGGGACAUGGGAAGUGCAGCCUGAUUAGAACCAAGGAUUUGUGUGGUGGGAGGGAGUAGCAGAGGAAGAGGCUGGAGACAGGUGGAUCAGGAAACAGACUUUAGAGACCCAUGGUAGCUUCUGAUCUAGCCCAUUUGUAGACAAGUCUGCAUGAGUGAGCGUUCCAGCCAGGAGGAGGAGAGGGUGUGGUGUGGAGAGAAGGGUUGGAGGUCUGCUUGGACCGUGGGCUAUGGAGCAGACCCAGCAGAAGGAGGAGAGGCUGUGGUGUGGGGAGAAGGGUGGAGGUCUGCUUGGACCGUGGGCUAUGGAGUAGACUCGUCAGAAGGAGGAGAGGGUGUGAUGUGGGUCUACUUGGACCAUGGGCUUUGGAGCAGACCCCAGUCAGAAGGAUGAGAGUGGAGGGGAAGUGAGAAGGGGCCAGAAGCAUGCUUGGACCUUGGGCCACGGGGAAGGCUUCUGCUGAAACUGCAGCCUUAGUGGGUCUGAAGAGGAGGCUAGACCCUGAGCCUCAUGGUGCUGGGUGCAGACCUUGGACAGGGAUUCAUGCACCCACUUGCCUUGGCUCGCUCAGGUGAUGGAUGAGAUCACCUCCCAGGAAAACAACAUUGCAGCUUUAAAUAAAGCCAUCCUUGACAAAGAGGGCCCUGCCAAAGUGGC